UGGAAUAGUGACUACUCUGAGAUCGUUGCUUGCUUUCAAUUUUAGAGGGUUUAAGAGUCUCUGUGUCGCCGCUACAACCGCAUUCUCCACCUUCCACUCUUUUUUCUCAACCAAACACAAACACAAAUGAAUCGACGCGCAAACCGUUCUCUCUCCAACGCCUUCUUCACAAUCACACACUCCUCUCGCCAAUCCCCACUCCCCACUUCACCAAUCCCCUUUACUCCACCGAUUCAAACCCUCUCAACCUCAAAGUUCCCCUCUUUUUCCAAAAUCACCGACACCCAUUUCACGAUUCAGCACAAUCUAAGAAAUUUCAGUAAUGGGUCAAGCGAGUUGGAUCACAACAAGGAAGUGGACGAAAUCAACCUCAAGUUUGCGGAAGCGAGGGAAGAGAUAGAGAUGGCGUUGGAGUCGAAAGAGACGGUUUAUUUCAAUGAAGAAGCUGAGUGUGCUCGUGCUGCGGUUAAUGAAGUGUUGAUGAAGUUCGAAGGGUUGUUGGCGAAGUUGCCGGAGAAGGAGAGGGGGGCUUUGCAGAGGGCUAUGGGUCUCAAGAUUGAACAAUUGAAAGCUGAGCUUUUGCAAUUGGAUGAGUAAGAUACGAGUUUUAUUAUUAUUGUUCUGAGUUAUGAUUCUUAGUUAUGGGCUUCAAUUGGUGAUUGUAGCUUAUAGAUUAUCAAUUUAUAAGAGUAUUUAUUUAAUAGGCUAGAAUUUUGAAUAAAUGUAUUGUAAUGUAAGACACCUCUUGAUAAUUUACCCGUUGGAUUGGUAAUUCACAACUUAAGCUUUUAUUCAUUUAAA